CAAUUUAUCUUGAUUCCCAAAGAAUAUACAAAAUGUUUCCCAAAGUAUUCACGCUCCUUCUUAUAAAUAUUGCAAUCGAAAAUGUUUAUGGUCACGGGAUGAUGUUGGAUCCCCCUGGAAGGAGUUCUGUUUGGAGGUUUUACGAUGGAUUUCCAAUGAAUGUUAACGAUAACGAAUUAUUUUGUGGAGGUUUAAACUAUAUGAUUACCCAAGAUGGAAGAUGUGGAAUUUGCGGGGAUCGUUAUUCCGAUCCUCAUCCGCAACCAAACGAGAACACCGGAACCUAUGGAAAUGGAAAAGUUGUGGCUGAAUAUAAAGUGGGCCAAAUUAUCGAUGUUACAAUUAGUUUAAACGCAAAUCAUAUAGGAAAUUUCGAAUAUAGUUUGUGUAAAUUAGAAGAUCCAACAAGUUAUGAAUCUGGAGAAAAAUGUUUUAAAAAGUUAAAACUUGAAGAUGGUUCUGAUAAAUUCCCAGUUCCUAGUAAUCAAUGGAAAUUUGUCAACCGAGUUCAAUUACCGAGUGAUGUCACGUGUGAAAGAUGCGUUUUAAGAUGGCAUUAUAAAUCUGGAAAUAACUGGGGACAAUGCGACGAUGGAUCUUACGGUCAAGGUUGUGGAUAUCAAGAAACGUUUAGGUCGUGUGCUGAUAUUGCUAUAUUACCUUAAAAUUGUAUUAUAAUAUUAAUAAUAGUCGUUAAACACACAAUGAAUAGCAUAAAAGCUGUAUUGUUUUGUGAAUUAUUUCAA